UGGCACCAAAAUGAAUCAAUAAAGCAUUUGAAACAGAAUAUCUUAUUUCUUCUUCUUCUUCUUCUUCUUCUCUCUGCGUCUGGGCAUGGGUCGUCUAGGUUUUCUCUUCUUCUUCUUCAGUUGGUGUUUUUUGGCUUCUUUGCAAUUCUUUUCGAUAGUCGUCGAUGCUAAAGGCAAUAAUCUCAACGACCCUUCUCUCACGCCCAUCAAUCGCGAUCUCUACCACUCCAGUGAGGAUUUGAUGGAAGAGAUAAAGGCUUUAGUAAAUCGUCACCCAGACAAGCUCACUUUGGAAACAGUUAAAUCUAGGAACAAGGGUUACCAAGCGGACGUUAAAGUAGUAACAUUUUGCCGUAGAAGGCAAGAGAGCGAUGACAAGUCCAAGUUUCGGAUCCUUCUUAGUUUUGGGCAGCAUGGGAGGGAGCUUAUUACAUCUGAACUUGCUUUGAGGAUCUUGACAAUCUUGAGUGAGGAGCAAUUUCUACCCGACUUGGAUCCCACUUCCCUAAAUAGUACGCUUGAUAAGUUUAUUAUUAAGGUGGUGCCAAUGGAAAACUCAAAUGGUCGUGAACUUGUUGAAGCAGGAGAUCUUUGUGAGAGAAGAAAUGGGAGAGGUGUUGAUCUCAAUCGAAAUUGGAGCGUAGACUGGGGCAAAAAGGAGAAGGAUUAUGAUCCAUAUGAAGAAAAUCCCGGAACGGCACCGUUUAGUGAGCCUGAAACUCAGAUAAUGAGGAAACUUGGAAUAUCCUUUGACCCACAUAUAUGGGUCAACGUGCACUCAGGAAUGGAGGCCUUAUUUAUGCCAUACGACCAUAAAAAUACUACUCCCGACGGAAUUGCUUCUCAACAAAUGAAGUUGUUGCUUAAGAAGCUGAACCACCUUCAUUGCGAUGAACGUUGCAUGAUUGGAUCUGGCGGAGGCUCUGUUGGGUAUCUUGCGCAUGGAACAGCUACAGAUUAUAUGUACGACAUUGUAAAGGUCCCCAUGGCGUUUACAUUCGAGAUAUAUGGCGACGAAGCAGCUUCACCAAAAGAUUGCUUUAAAAUGUUUAAUCCUACCGACAUCAACACCUUCAACAGAGUACUAAAUGAUUGGUCAGCGGCAUUUUUCACAAUCUUAAAGUUGGGGCCCCACCAGCUUGGUGAAAUUCUCUCAAAGGCUUCUUCAUCCAAAUCGGAAAAGUGGGUAUCUAUUGAUGAGUAUCUUGAAGGAUAUUUAAUGGAAAGGAGUAGUAGAUAUGGGAAGAAGAAGGAGGUUCUUGAGCUUGGGAUGCAGGAGAUAAGAACAUAUUUCAGGCUUUUUUUGUUAUCCUCUGUGCUUUUAAUGUUCAUGUUCUGUGCCAGAAUAUCAAAAGGCAAGAGACCAAUUGUUUCCGCCAUUCCUCUCUGACAUCGCACAUGUAGUGAUGUAAUUCCAUAUUUUUUGAAA